CACCCGUGGCUCGGCCUGCAUCCUCUGCGGGAAGCUUCUUGGAGAGAUGAGGGGGAGCAGAGUCUAUGGAGAUGGAGGAGGAGGUGGUGGUCUUGGAAAGACCGCCGCUUUCCUCGCCGCUGUGGUGCUGUGCGGCCUCCUGCUCCUGACCGGCGGCGCCGACGCGCAAGGCAUCCAGCCCGUUUCUUCGCACAAAACCCUAAGAGGUGAGGCCCCCCUCGUUAUCGCCAAAGGUGGCUUUUCAGGUGUGUUCCCAGGCUCCAGCCAAGAUGCCUACAAUUUCGCGGCGCUCGCCAGCAUGCCUGACACAAGUUGGUGGUGCGAUGUGCAACUCACCAAGGACGCUGUUGGGAUUUGCCUCGGAAACAUAGACAUGAAAAACAGCACCACCAUCGCCACGGCCUACCCUGCCAGGAAGAGUACCUAUGUCGUCGACGGUGCGCCAAAAGCCGGAUGGUUUUCUGUGGACUUCAACAUGUCUGAGUUGCAAACUGUUGCAUUAACACAAUCAAUCUGGUCUCGCACCGACAAAUUUGAUUACUACGGAUAUGCUAUCCUAUCUGUCACCGACUUGCCGACCAUAGUCAAGCGCCCGUCCUUGUGGCUGAAUGUUCAGCAUGACAUCUUCUACAGGCAGCAUGGUUUGAGCAUGAGGAGCUACAUGCUUUCCAUCCUAAAGCGUGUCUCUGUGAAUUAUAUUUCUUCACCUGAACUGGGCUUCCUCCAAAGUAUAGCUCCAAGAGUUGGCAGCAAAACAAAGCUUGUGUAUAGGUUUCCUGAUAAGCUCACCUCCGAUCCUUCUACCAACCAAACUUACAGUUCAAUGCUGAGUAACUUAACAUUUAUUAAGACAAUUGCUUCUGGUAUCAUGGUCCCAAAGAUCUACAUUUGGCCAGUCUCAGACGAUAACUAUCUGAAGCCUCCCGAAUCUAUUGUCCAAGAUGCCCACAAAGCAGGGUUAGAGAUAUAUGCAUCGGACUUUGCAAAUGAUAGAAUUAUCCCCUAUAACUACAGUUAUGAUCCUUUGCAAGAAUACCUGUCAUUUGUCAGUAAUGGUGACUUCUCUGUGGAUGGUGUAUUAACAGAUUUCCCAAUUACUGCAUCCGAGGCCAUUGGUUGUUUCAAUAAUCUGAAUGCAAGUAAGGCGGAUCAUGGGAAACCAUUAAUUAUUUCGCAUAACGGUGCUAGUGGAGACUACCCAGACUGUACUGAUCUGGCCUACCAAAAUGCAAUUAAGGAUGGUGCUGACAUGAUUGAUUGUACCCUUCAAGUGACAAGCGAUGGAGUUCUUAUUUGCAUGAGUUCCAUAAACCUGCUUGAAACUACCAAUGUUCAGAGGACAAGUUUCAGUAACCUUGCAUCUGUGAUUCCUGCUAUGCAGCCUACAACAGGAGUCUUCACAUUCAAUCUUACUUGGGAAAACAUUAGCAAUAGUGCUUUGACGCCUAAGAUGUCUAGCCCGUGGAGUAACUAUUAUCUUGUAAGAAACCCAAGGUACACAAAUGAAGGAAAGUUUCUCAAGUUCACUGACUUUCUGGAAUAUGGGAAGAACAAGGAUUUGUCUGGCAUCAUGGUGAUUAUUGAGAAUGCAGCGUUUAUGGCAAAGUCAUUAGGAUUUGAUAUUAUUGAGUCUGUAACCACUGCCUUAAGUGAUGCUGGUUAUAGUAAUCAAACUGCCAAGGAAGUCAUGAUCCAGUCAGAAGAUAGCGCUGUUCUUGUGAAAUUUAAGCAGCAGAAAACACAAUACAAGCUUGUCUACACCCUCCCGCAAGGCAUUGGAGACGCUUCUAACUCGUCGCUAGCAGAUAUUAAGGAGUUUGCUGAUGCUGUAGUUGUUGACAAGAAAUCUGUUUUUGCACAAAGUUUGCACUUUAUCAUCAAUCAAACCAAUCUCUUGAAAGAUCUGCAGUCUGCGGGCCUAGCAGUAUAUGCGCAGGUGUUCAGCAAUGAGUUUGUGUCACAACCCUGGGAUUUCUUCUCAGACGCAACCGUGGAAAUCAACAGCUAUGUCCAGACGCUUAAGAUUGAUGGCUUGAUAACUGAUUUCCCCAAGACAGUAAGAAGAUACAAAAGGAAUUCUUGUACGGGCUUGGGAGAUAACACACCGGUCUACAUGCAGACUGUUAAUGUCGGCGACCUUGCAAAGCUAAUAAAAUCCCAAGGCGUUCCUGGCGCCCAGCCGCCAGCUGUGGCACCAAUGCCAGUACUAAACACAUCAAGCGUGGAGCAGCCAGCGUUCCCCCCUGUUUCGCCCAAGGGUUCAACUCCUGGUGCCUCCCCGCCUCCUGGUUCAUCGCCUUCUGCCGCCUACGCAGUUGCUGCGAGUACUUGCAGUCUGCUGGUGGCGGUUUGUGCAGCUCUACUGAUCUAAAGCAGGCUCAUGAGGGUCCAUGCUACUAGGUUAAGUUACCAGAGGGACUAUCAGAUUUGCGCACGCUCUUGAUCUCGCGAUUUUGUGUCACUGGGUAUUCAUUUCUGUAGCUAUUGGGGUGCAUUGGUGUAUUUGUUCCCGCUGUAUAAAUCCGUCUAUUGAUAGAGGAAGUUGUAAACUCCA